UACUUCAUUUCGACAAAGGAAGUCGGACAGCGACUGUUUGGUCCUUUGGUCCCAGGUUAGUUACACUAUUUUUUAGUUUUCUUUGAAACGCAAUUCUCCUUCAAACGUGAAUGUUCUUUACGAAUAUUAGCAGUGUGAAUCACAGCUUGGCUUGUUGGCAUAAUAUUGUCCUACGAUCAGCGUAAAGUAAAAAAUAUUCGUGAAAUUUUAGAUUAAUUGGAACGUUAUGGAUAAUGUGUAUAAAGAGCUCGCAAACUUGAACUAUAUUGUAAAAAUCGAUAAUGGUGAGGAUGGCUCGGAAAAGUACACACUACAACGGUCUCUAGAUGGCCAGUUGGAUCAAUUCGAACUACCAACGUAUCAAACGCAUACUCCUGUGAUUGAUCGUGACGAUCUACCAGAAACGCUUGCAGUGGAUUAUGACGACAUAAUAAAAGAACUUAGUGUAGACACCUUGCCGCAGGACAGUUCCGGACUGGAAAUAUCACAAUCGUCAGAACCGACUACACUGGAAGAGCUGGUCACCAAAUUGCAGUACGACAAUAUUACUCCACCAAUGACACCGGAUUACACCAUGAAUGACAAUCCUACUCGCUACCCUCAAACAAGCACGAUACGGUUCCCCUACUAUGGUAACAUACCUCAUCCGGAAUAUGAACAGUUUCCUCAACCGACCACGAUAGGGUUCCCGUACUAUGGUAACAUGCCCUACCCGGAACAUGAACAGUUUCCAGGAUAUCCGCCAUACCCAUACACAGCACAACCCCUUUACUCGCCUAUUUAUGUACCGUAUCCAACCAAACUGCUUCCUUGUUAUAUGCCACCUGACUAUCAUCUGCCGGAUUCGCAACACAUUUCAGUUCGGACCAUUCCGACGCCGGAACCAUCACCGGAAAUAGUUUCCUCGCCAGUGAAAAAUACGCCAACUGCUCUGUCUAUAAUUGAAAAUCAGUCCCAGGUAGAUAGGGACUCGCAUCGAACAAAGGACAAGCAAGCUAUUACAGGCAGUACUAUACCCAAACAGAAAUCCGCACCAGCUGCAUCUUCGAAGCACCGUCACACGUCAGCUAUCUGCUCUAUGCCCACUUUAAAACCUAGUCUGAAAGGAAAAAAAACUUACGUUCAGUACGACGGAAACUUUUACUGUACACUGUGUGAUCGUAACUUUGGUCGCCAAAGCAGCCUAACACAGCAUAACAUAAACAGACACUCCGGACCCAGACAGUACCGUUGCGCGCAGUGUGGCAAACGCUAUCAGUUCCCGAAGGAGCUGGAGACACACGAGCAACGUCAUCGUGCACUGAAGAAACCGUUCCCGUGCUCCAAGUGCCCGAAGCAAUUUUACCAUCGGAUGGACCUCGAACGGCACCACAGCAAACACCAUGGGCAGGUCCCGUUCAGAUGUUCCGAAUGCGGGAAAGGAUUCGCACGGGGCGACCAUCUGUCGGCACAUUUGGUUAGUCACAAGAACAAAAUGAUAAAAUAUGGAAAAGUACUACCAUUAAUUGAUAAUAUUGAAGCGUAAAAUUGCGUUUGGGUGGAUCGCCAAGUGUGAAGGUAGCGGCAUGUAAUUUUUUUUAGAUGCGUAUUUUACGAAAAUUGACAACCGAAUAUUACUCCAGCAUUCGUAGCAAUAUAAAUAAGAUUUAUAGUUUUGUAUGUUUGAGCUUUACCAUAUCCCUUACUGUACUGCAACUAUUUUUAUAAAAGAUUUAUUCAAGAAAACCAAAAUUUUAAACUUA